AUGACGAGAAAAAAAGCGGGAGGCGCCGAAAAGCGCGCUUGCCAUGCCAGGGAUUACAUCCAGCUGCCUGCAACACCUCAGGAGGUCCAGGAGGUACAGCAGGGCUGUCAUGCCAUUGCUGGCAUCCCCAGAGUCUUGGGCCUGGUGGAUUGCACACUCAUCCCUAUCGCCAAUCCAUCAGUGCUUGAUCAGGGAUUAGCGGCCAUGCAGAUUAUAGUGGACCAUAGGGACAACAGCUAUCGUUAUGAGCUGCUCUCAGACAGCAGCAGAGGAGCUGGAGGAAACUACACUGUCAGUUCUGCUGCUCUAAAACACACAGGAGUUUAUGUGUGCACAGCAGAGAGAGGAAAACCACCCUUUUACACAUGGUACAGCAACAAACAACCACUUUGGGUCACUGGUGUUUCUCCUCCAGUCUCUUUGAUCAUCAGUCCCAGCAGAACUCAACACUUCACAUCUGUCUCUCUCUCUCUGAGCUGUGACGACCAGACUAACUCUGAUAGAUGGAGAGUGAGAAGAUACUUACACAAUGAGCUGCUGGAAGAUUGUUCAUCCUCACUGUGGGGAUCACAAACAGGAUCUACAUGUACAAUCAGCUUCACCAUUCCAUCACACACUGGAGUGUACUGGUGUCAGUCUGAAUCUAGAGAGAAUGGUCAUCCUGUUAAUAUCACUGUACACUCUGAUGUGAUUCUGGAGAGUCCUGUUCAUCCUGUGACUGAAGGAGAUUCUCUGACUCUACGCUGUUUAUAUAAAGAUUCAACUCCACCAAUCCUCAGAGCUGAUUUUUAUAAAGAUGGAUCACUCAUCCAGAGUCAAACUACAGAGAUGAUCAUCUCUACUGUCUCAAAGUCAAACGAGGGUUUCUACUACUGCAAACACCCAAAGAGAGGAGAGUCACCCAAGAGCUGGAUCUCAGUCAGAGGUGAGACUGUACAUCAAUAAACACUUCUGAAAUAUUCCUCUAUAAUUUAUAGAUGUUAAUUGCUCUUAUAUUACAAAAGGAUAAAGUGAUUUAG